AGGAAAUAGAACGAUAACUUCCAAAGCAACGGUUUUUGACUGUAAUAUUAAAACUACUGACGAAAAUGAUGUUAAAUAGUAAAAGUUCGGAUAUGGAAAGUGAAAUAAUAUCCACCAUCAAGAAAAGAAUUAUGGUAUUUGAUGGUGGUAUGGGAACAAUGAUUCAACAACAGAAAUUAGAAGAAGAAGAUUUCAUUGGUGAAGAAUUUAAAAAUCAUCCUAAAAAUUUGAAAGGAAAUAACGAUAUCCUUUCUCUUACAAAACCUGAUCUUAUAUACAACAUUCAUAAGGACUAUUAUGAAGCAGGAGCAGAUUUUGCAGAAACUAACACAUUUAGUGGGACACGCAUAGCUCAGUCUGAUUAUGGAAUGGAAGACCAGGUUUAUAGACUAAAUGUAGAGUCUGCUAAAAUAGCUAAACGAGCUGCAGAUGAUGUUACAAAAGCAACAGGAAUCAAGAGAUAUGUUGCAGGUGCUAUGGGACCAACUAAUAGAACUCUUUCAAUUUCUCCAUCUGUGGAGAAACCAGAAUUUAGGAAUAUUACAUUUGAUGAAUUGGUAGAAGCUUAUUUAGAACAAGCUAAAGGUCUGCUAGAAGGUGGAGCAGAUGUAUUAUUGGUUGAAACCAUAUUUGAUACAGCUAAUGCCAAGGCUGCUUUGUAUGCCAUUCAAGUUUUAUUUUCUGAAACAAACAAGAAGUGUCCAAUAUUUGUAUCUGGAACAAUUGUUGAUAAAAGUGGUCGAACAUUAUCAGGUCAAACAACUGAAGCUUUUCUAAUCAGUGUUUCCCAUGCUGAUCCAAUGUGCUUGGGUUUAAACUGUGCAUUAGGAGCAAGUGAAAUGAGGCCAUUUAUAGAAGCUAUAAGUUUAAAUACUACAGCAUACACAAUAUGUUAUCCUAAUGCAGGUUUACCAAACACCUUCGGUGACUAUGAUGAAACUCCUGCUCAAACAGCCAAUCAAAUAAGGGAAUUUGCUCGGGAUGGUUUAGUUAAUAUUGUUGGAGGAUGUUGUGGAACAACACCAGCUCAUAUCAAGGCUAUAGCUGAUGCUGUUAAAGAAUUUGCACCACGUGAACCUCCUAAAGAUCUCAAUAAAGACUGUUUGAUGUUAUCUGGACUAGAGCCAAUGGCUAUAGGAAAGUUUGCUAUAUUUGUAAAUAUCGGUGAAAGGUGUAAUGUGGCAGGAUCUAGAAAGUUCUGUCGUUUGAUUAAAACUGGGAACUAUGAGGAAGCAUUGAGUAUUGCUAAAUUACAGGUUGAAAAUGGAGCUCAGGUAUUAGAUAUUAAUAUGGAUGAAGGUUUAUUAGAUGGAGUAGCUGCCAUGACUAAAUUUAUUAAUCUUAUAUCUAGUGAACCAGACAUUGCCAAGGUGCCCUUAUGUAUAGAUUCAUCUAAUUUUGCUGUAAUAGAAGCAGGUUUAAAAUGUACCCAGGGUAAAUGCAUUGUUAAUAGUAUUAGUUUAAAGGAAGGAGAACAAGAUUUUAUUAGAAAAGCUGAACAAAUAAAAAAAUUUGGUGCUGCUACAGUUGUAAUGGCUUUUGAUGAAGAGGGUCAGGCUACAGACACAGAAAGAAAGUUCAGUAUUUGUGAGAGAUCGUACAAUAUACUGGUGGAUAAAGUAGGAUUUAAUCCUAAUGAUAUUAUAUUUGAUCCUAAUAUAUUAACUAUUGCUACUGGUAUAGAAGAACAUAAUACAUAUGGUAUAACAUUUAUAGAAGCUUGUAAACUUAUCAAGGCUAAAUUACCAGGAGCUAGAGUGAGUGGAGGUGUGUCUAAUUUCUCAUUUUCAUUCCGUGGUAUGGAUUCUGUAAGAGAACCGAUGCAUAGUGUAUUUCUCUAUCAUGCCAUCAAGGCUGGAAUGGAUAUGGGUAUUAUAAAUGCUGGAUGUUUACCAGUCUAUGAUGAUAUUAAACCAGAGUUAUUACAACUGUUAGAGAAUAUAUUGUGGAAUAAAGAUCCAGAUGGAACCGAAAAACUUUUACAAUAUGCUCAGAAAAAUGGUAAAGAUGCUAAAAAAGUCCAGUCCGAUGAUGAAGAGUGGAGAAAAACCACUGUAGAAGAAAGAUUGAAAUACUCUCUUAUCAAGGGCAUUGAUAAAUAUAUUGUUGAAGAUACGAAAGAAGCAAGAACGAGUUUUGAUAAAUAUCCGCGACCUCUUCAUGUUAUAGAAGGACCUCUCAUGGAUGGUAUGAGUGUUGUUGGUGAUUUAUUUGGAGCCGGUAAAAUGUUUUUACCACAGGUUAUUAAAUCUGCCCGUGUCAUGAAGAAAGCUGUAGCAUAUCUUAUACCUUUUAUGGAAGAAGAAAGAGUGGCCAAGAUGGAGGCUGAUGGAUUAGAUUCAUCUGAGCCCGCCUGGGCUGGAACUAUUGUUAUAGCUACUGUAAAAGGUGAUGUUCAUGAUAUUGGUAAGAACAUUGUUGGUGUUGUGUUGGGCUGUAAUAAUUAUAGGGUUGUCGAUCUGGGUGUCAUGACACCAUGUGAGAAAAUUUUGGAAAAAGCUAUUGAACUGAAUGCAGAUUUUAUUGGUUUAUCUGGUCUGAUUACACCAUCUUUAGAAGAAAUGGUUCAUGUUGCUAAAGAGAUGGAAAGAAUAGGCUUGAAAAUUCCUUUAUUAAUAGGAGGAGCAACAACAUCAAGAGCUCAUACAGCUGUUAAAAUAGCACCAAAAUACAGUAAUCCAACAAUUCAUGUUCUAGAUGCUUCAAAAAGUGUUGUUGUGUGUUCAGCUCUGUUGAAUGAUAGUGGCUAUGACGAUUAUAUAUUUGAUAUACAAGAAGAAUAUGAAGAAAUUAGACAAGAACAUUAUGAAUCUUUAAAGGACAGAAAAUAUGUGAAACUAGAUAAGGCAAGAGAAAAAGCAUUUAAAAUUGAUUGGAAAUCUGAAGCUAAACCAGUGGAACCAUCUUUUCUUGGAAUAAAAAUGUUUGAAAAUUAUGAUAUUUCAUCUUUAGUGCCAUACAUUGAUUGGAAACCAUUUUUUGAUGUAUGGCAAUUGAAAGGAAAAUACCCUAAUCGCGGAUAUCCGAAAAUAUUUAAUGAUAAAGAUGUUGGAGAAGAAGCCAAGAAAGUAUUUGAUGAAGCCCAGGACAUGUUAAAGAAUAUUAUCAAUAAUUCAAGUCUUACUACCAGUGGUGUUAUUGCGUUUUAUAGAGCAAAUAGUGUAGGUGAUGACAUACAGGUCUAUGAUGAUAAUUAUAAACACAUAGCUACAUUUCAUGGAUUACGACAACAGGCAGAAAAAGAUGGUGGUACAUAUGAAUGUUUAUCAGAUUUUAUAGCACCUAAAGACAGUAAUAUAGAAGAUUAUAUUGGACUAUUUGCUGUUACAGCUGGUAUAGGUGUUCAACAAAUGUGUAAAGAAUUUGAAAGUAAAUAUGAUGAUUACAGUAUUAUAAUGGUAAAAGCUUUAGCAGACAGAUUAGCAGAGGCAUUUGCUGAGCUGAUGCACGAAAAAGUGCGACAAGAAUACUGGGGUUAUGCAUCAUCAGAAAAAUUAGGUGCUCAAGACUUACAUCGCAUUAAAUAUCAGGGUAUACGUCCAGCACCAGGAUAUCCUAGUCAACCAGAUCAUACGGAAAAACAAACUAUGUGGAAGAUAUUAGAUGCGGAUAAAGUUGGUAUUAAACUAACUCAAUCUCUAGCUAUGGAUCCAGCAGCUUCAGUUAGUGGUUUAUAUUUUGCUUCACCACACUCUUCAUAUUUUUCUGUUGGUAAAGUAGACAAAGAUCAGAUUGAAGAUUACUCUAAAAGAAAAGGAAUGGAUGUGAAUGAAGUAGAAAAAUGGCUGGCUCCAUAUCUAGCUUAUGAUGUGUAAAUAAUGAUCUGUUCUUUUACCUUAAGAUUCUACAUUCAGUUUUUCUUUAACUGAAUAAGACUCCAUGUUUAUACAUCAUCAAUAUAAUGUGGAAAAAAAAAUCUCAGGAAUACAUAACUUUUGCUUUAGUGCUAUUAAAUCUAUGUCAUACCAUUAAAUAUGGUAAAGUAUUUCUUCUUUACUGUUUAAAUUCGGGACAUGCAUUUAUAAUGUGAAUAAAUAACCAGUCAGUUUGUAACAUUACAAUGUGAAAUAAGCCAGCAUCCAAUAUAUUAUAAUUAUGUGAUCUCAAAGAAGUAUUAUCACUUUUACUAAAAACAUAUUAUAUAAUUAAUUUGGAACAAAAUCAUAUUUAAAUCGGCAUUAUGUGAGAGCAAUAAUUGCUUAUUGCUGGUCAUUUUUCUGACUUUAAAUGUUAUAUAAAUUAUUAUUUAGACAUUUAUUCACCUGACAAGCCCAUAAUCAACUCUCUAGAUCAUUGGAUGGUUUAGAUAUUGAGUGGAUUAGACAGACAAUGCCUGCCAAAUCUUAGUUAUACAUUAAUAUCGCUGGAAACUGUCAAUAAAAGGACUAACAAACAAUGCUUUGUUUAUUAUGGUUCUUGACAAUCGAGAAUAUGAACUGUGGGUGAAGUUUCCAAAUGCCAAUGAUUGGCAAUUGAUGGCUAUUUCUUGUCAAGACUUGCCACUUUCACCAAGAAAAUAUUAUUUAAUCUUAUGUAUCUUAUAUAGACUUACCUAAAUAUUGAAAAUCUUUGCGCUGACCUAGCAUAAGGGUAUUUUGUACAAGCAUAAUUUAAACACCUUGAAAAUUUAUAAAUGAUUGUAUAGCUUAUAUCUUUAUCUCAGUGAUAGACAAGAGGAUUUGUUUCCAAUAUUGAACACCACUGAUGUUACAGUCAAAGAUUACUGGCAAAGAACUCCAAAACACUAAUGCCUCUUUAAUGCCAUACAUGUAUCUAUUGUUAUCAUUGUACUUAAAAUAUGUUUAACUAGCAGGAUACCCGGCUUAGCUCGGGGGUCAUAACUCCGAAACCGGAAGUGGUAGACUAACGCCACCUGGCCUAUGUUACUCCCCGGUCCGAGCUACCCCUAUACCCCAAAUUUCAGACUCGGGGCAGAUCUAGUGUAGCCGCCAACCCCGAACAGACCGGCUUCGCUCGGGGGUCAUAACUCCGAAACAGGAAGUGGAAGACUAUCGCCACCUGGCCUAUGUUACUCCCCGGUCCGAGCUACCCCUAUACCCCAAAUUUCAGACUCAGGGCAGACCUAGUGUAGCCGCCAACCCCGAACAAACCGGCUUCGCUCGGGGGUCAUAACUCCGAAACCGGAAGUAGUAGACUAACGCCACCUGGCCUAUGUUACUCCCCGGUCAGAGCUACCCCUAUACCCCAAAUUUCAGACUCGAGGCAGAUGUAGCCGCCAACCCCGAACAGACAGACUUCGCUCGGGGGUCAUAACUUCGAAACCGGCAGUGGUAGACUAACGCCACCUAGCCUAUGUUACUCCCCGGUCUGAGCUACCCUUAUACCCCAAAUUUCAGACUCGGGGCAGACCUAGUGUAGCCGCCAACCCCGAACAGACAGACAGACAGACGGACAGACAGACAGACAAACGACAGUCACAAAUAUAUAUAUAGAUAGAUUAAAGAUACAUUAUGGGAGAUUAGAUAAAGAGCUGAACCGAGUAUUUAGUGAUUGAAUUUUGGGCUUAGCCUCGAUCAUCAUUACUAAAGUCAGUACGAUAAAAAACAUAGUCUCGAUUAUCCAUUUUUAAACGCCCACAUUUUCAUGUGGUCGUAUAUGCCAUUGCCCCUGUUUGUCCAUUCGUCCACAAUUUGUUUGUGGUCACAAUUUUUAUCCGAUUUCAAUGAAACUUGAAAUAUAGAUUUAUCGCCCUAAGAUCUCGGUUCCUUACGAUAUUGGCAUGUAUCGGACUGUAACUUCAUGGGUUAUGGCCCCUGAUUGUACGAAAAAUCACGUAUAUAGCUUGUGGACCCUAUAGGGGUCACAAUUUUUAUCUAAUUUUGUUGAAACUUGAAAUAUAAGUUUAUAACCCAAAGAUCUCAGUUCCUUUUAAUAUUUGCGCAUAUCGGACCGUAACUUCCUGAAUUAUGGCCCCCGAUUGUACAAAAAAUCACGUUUUUAGCUUGUGGACCCUAUAGAGGUCAUAAUUUUUUAUCCGAUUUAAAAAAAGAUUUGAAUAUAUCUCCGUUACACCCAAAGGGUGGUUGAGUUUGAAUUUCGUAAAAAUUGGACCAAAACUGACAGACAAAAUGGCCACGCCUCGUCCUCAAAUAGCGUAAAAAUAUGGUAUAUCAAGGUUGUGGACCCUCUAGAGGUCACAGUUUUUUUCUGAAAUGUAAGUUUAUAACUGUCGAUGUUCCUGAAUAUCGGAUCGUAACUAACUGAAAUAUGGCCCCUGAUUGUAUGAAAAAUCACGUUUUUAGCUUGAGGUCCCUCGAGAAGUCACAGUUUUUAUCUGAUUUAAAAAAAAACAUGUGAAUAUAUCACCAUUACACACUAAGAUCUUGGUUCCUUUUGAUAUUUGUGCAUUUCAGACCAUAACUUUCUGGAUUAUUGCCCCUGAUUGUUCAAAAAAUCCUGUUUGUUUUUAGCUUUUUCUCUAUCCAUCUCUUGAAAAAUGUGGGUGUAUCCUGCCUGGCAGCCACUAGUUUGAUUUAAUCAGAAGCAGCAAACCGAGUUCUGAGUUCUAAUCCAGUAAAUAUCGCAGGCUAGCGAUGCCAUCGAGAGUUGAUUAUGGUCUGGAUAAGUUAAUUAAUGUCUAAUUAAUAAUUUAGAUAACAUUUCAGGCCUAAAGAAAGACCUGCAAUUGGCAGAUUUAGCUCUUGCAUAAUGUAUGUUUAAAUGUUUACUUGUAUUACGGUUAUGACAAAAUAUAAUUUAUAAACCAGUUUUUGUUGAAGUUACUUUUUUAUUUUAUGAAUUUUUUUUUAAUUAGAUUUAUAAAAACAAAUCAUUAUUGUAAAUUGUGUUGUUAACAUAUAAAUGCAAUGUAAAAAGUGCUUAUUGUACUCAUAUUACAGAAAUUAAAUAUCCCAUUCUACCAUUUUGUAGAAGCUGCACUAAAGGGGUCACUCAUCUUAACCCUUUGUGGUUUUUUAGAUACAAAAUAUCACACUAAUAUCUGGACAUUAAAAUUAUUUUUAUUACACAAUAUAAAGAGUCACUUGGUUCAACUUUUGAAUUUUUGUUUUUUUGUUUUUUUUAACUUUUGACUCGCAUACAAUAGCUCAAAUUAUGCAGUGUAGUUUUGAUAAUUCAAAUGAUAAAGAGUUAAGUAUUUUGAAGUCUAAACACAUUCAUUGUACCACCUUAAAGGUCCUUGCUGAAUCUAGGGACCUUAAGAUUAUUUCACUAUUCACAUUGUCAACUUAACACUAAUUUUACCAGACAGGUUAUAAAAUCAGUAUUGACUGGUUAAAUUAUCUCAAGUGUAUUAUACAUGUAUAAGGGUUAGAGUUCAGGUAAGCUUAUAGAAUUCUGUGCUAUAACAUAUUUUUUACUAUUUGUUAUAUUUUUGUCUAUUGUUGAUAGCUUGAUGUAAAUAUUGUGUUUAGAAACAAGGUUUUAUUUUUAAAUACAUUCUUAAUACAUAUUUCAAAAAGUAUUUCAAUAAUGACAUUGAUUGUUAUUUUCAGUUACUAAAUAAUUAUCAUUAUGUAUAUAUAGAUCUACAUUAAA